GGUUAUUGCUAGUCUGGCCAAUAAAUAGCUGUCUGGCCUGGGUCUCUGGCUCACACUAAUUCUGUUUCUGGACACGCUGAGCACUGCAGAACUGACUGCAGACAGAACAGAGCAUCAAGUAUGCAGCAGCCACGGCUCGUUGGCUUCCUGGCCCUGAUUCUUGGUUGCUUGCUCCAGACCCAGGCUGAAGUGCCGGUUCAGCCCGACUUCCAGCAAAAUCAGUUCUUAGGGACAUGGUACAGCAUUGGCCUGGCCUCCAGUUCCAGAUGGUUUAAGGAGAAGAAGUCGGUGAUGAAGAUGUGCACCACGGUGGUCAUGCCCACAGAAGAUGGAAACCUGAAUGUCACCUCCACCUACCCCAAGCUCGAUAGAUGCGAGACAAAAAAGAGCCUUUUUGUUCUGACUGACCAGCCAGGCCGAUUCAGCUACACCAGCCCAUGGUCUGGAAGCAAACAUGAAGUUCGAGUGGUGGAGACCAACUACGAUGAGUAUGCAUUGCUUCAUGCCAAGAAAGCCAAGGGAGCAGAGACCUCCACAAUGGUGACCCUGUAUGGUAGGCGCAAGGAACUGAGUCAGGAGUUGGUGGAGAAAUUCACUCGGUUUGCCUUGGAGCAAGGACUCACCCAGGAGAGCAUCCUCAUCUUACCCCGGACUAAUCUGUGCAUGGAAGAAUCUGCGUAGAAAGAACUGUUUAAGUUAAAAGCCUUCCCCACAUCUCUCAUGGUUUGACAAGGCAAGCUUUGUGUUGCGGGAGAAAGAGCUUUGCGGAUCCACCAUUCUGGACUUCUUCCAUGAUGAAAGCAGCAACCUUUGCUGUCAGCCCUGACACCCCACCCCCCCUCUCUCAGCCCCUUAUGUGUAUUGUCCUCUCUUGAUUAAAAAGUAUAUCAUAA